AUGUGUUCGAUGUAUGAUCCCCGAGUCUACGACAUCCUGUCACGCUGGUCGUUUGAUCCCCCGAAGGACGCAUGUGCCCCUUCUUAUCCACAAGACCAACGCCCUGUGCGAGCAACCGCAUCGUCCGAUGAUCGGUCCCAGCACUCGGAGUCGACCAAGAGCGGAAACAACCAUACCUAUCGCCGGUAUCCGUCCGCUGAAGACGAACUUCCUACCUUUGGCAUAGAUUGGCCCGAAGAUAACACUAGAGCCGUUCCGUCUGGUCUGGAUGUUCAUAAGCCACCUACCACCAAUCAAGCAACUUCCCACGAUCCAUCUACUCAGAUGUGGCCCUCUCCGUCUAACAACCUCGAAGUGCUUCGUGUCAUCGGCUAUCGCACAAUCUUUGGUCGUGGAUACGACGAGAAGAAUGAGUUCUGGGUUAGCUGGAAGGGGUACCCUGCGUCUGAAGGCACUUGGAUGAGGGAGAGCCUCGUUCAACGAAUCGCGCCCCUGCAAGUUGCAGAGUUCAACCAUGAACGACGGUUGUCUUGUCACAGGGGUGUUUAUGGAGAGAUGUUUAUCAGGAAGUCUGCGCCGUGCUGCGAUGGUAAAGAGGAGAGCUUUUACACUUGUUUGAGCCAUCUGUAG